AUGGCGGACGAAGGCAUCGACCGCAAGGCGGAUGAACGCAUGGAGUUCUCCACGUCCAAAGAAGUGUCUGUUGCGCCCACUUUCGAGGCGAUGCACUUGAAGGAGAACCUUCUUCGAGGAAUCUAUGCAUACGGCUACGAAUCACCUUCAGCUGUUCAGUCCCGAGCAAUCGUUCAAAUUUGCAAGGGUAGAGACACGAUCGCGCAAGCACAAUCUGGUACCGGAAAGACUGCGACAUUCAGUAUUUCGAUUCUACAGGUUAUCGACACUGCUGUCCGAGAGACACAAGCGCUUGUACUCUCACCCACCCGCGAGCUUGCAACUCAAAUCCAGUCUGUUCUUCUUGCGCUUGGAGAUUACAUGAACGUCCAAUGCCAUGCAUGCAUCGGUGGAACAAAUGUUGGCGAAGAUAUCCGCAAACUCGAAUACGGACAGCACAUUGUCUCUGGUAGCCCGGGUCGUGUCGCCGAUAUGAUUCGUCGUCGCCACUUGCGCACCCGCAACAUCAAAAUGCUUGUUCUUGACGAAGCCGACGAACUGCUCAACCGUGGUUUCCGCGAACAGAUUUACGACGUCUAUCGAUACCUUCCACCGGCUACUCAAGUUGUGGUGGUGUCUGCUACUCUCCCUCACGAUGUUCUCGACAUGACCACAAAGUUCAUGACCGAUCCGGUCCGUAUCUUGGUCAAGCGUGAUGAGUUGACCCUUGAAGGAUUGAAGCAAUAUUUCGUUGCGGUUGAAAAGGAGGACUGGAAGUUCGACACACUCUGCGAUCUCUACGACUCAAUGACGAUCACACAAGCCGUCAUCUUCUGCAACACUCGCCGAAAGGUGGACUGGCUCACGGACAAGAUGCGCGAGGCAAACUUCACCGUGUCUGCUAUGCACGGAGAGAUGCCGCAGAAGGAGCGAGACAGUAUUAUGAGCGAGUUCCGACAAGGCAACAGCCGAGUUCUCAUCAGCACUGAUGUUUGGGCGCGAGGAAUCGAUGUGCAGCAAGUCAGUGUUGUGAUCAACUACGAUCUGCCAUCCAACCGUGAAAACUACAUCCACCGCAUUGGUCGAUCUGGCCGAUUUGGCAGGAAGGGGCUCGCCAUCAACUUCGUCACUAGCGAAGAUGUCCGUAUCCUUCGUGACAUUGAGUUGUACUACUCAACACAAAUCGACGAGAUGCCAAUGAACGUUUCCGAGUUGAUCAAUUAG